GACUCUCCCGAAGCAAACGCUACUCAUGCCAUCCGACUAUUCUGCGAGUCCUCUAGCGAUAACAGCGGAGAGGAAGUGCUGCACCUACCAGUCAUCGUCGAAGCCGCCGAGUCGUCACCACAUGCAGCAGCCGCCGCAGCCCAUCAGAUCCGAAAAUGCCUCUCCAAGGACAACAAGUCGCGAGUCCAGUACAAUGCCAUCAUGUUGAUACGCAUCCUGGCCGACAACCCAGGCCAGUCUUUUACCCGCAACUUCGACGCCAGAUUCGUCUCGACCGUAAAAGACCUGGUUAAGCACGGAAAAGAUCCAAGCGUACAACAGAUGAUGAGGGAGACACUGGACUCGCUCGAGGCAGAGAAGAGCUAUGACAAUGGACUGUACGAUCUGCUGGCCAUGUGGCGCCAUGUCAAGGGACACCAGGCUCGCAUUCCUCCGCAAGGCGCAUACCGUCAGAUCGCUCCGCCGCUACCCCAGCAUCCGACUGCACAUUCUCCCCAGUCAGACUCGCUGCCAACGCCACAAGAGCUCGCAUCGCGCGUCGAAGAAGCCCGAAAUACAGCUAAGAUCUUGCUCCAGCUUCUCCAGAGCACCCCGCCAGAGCAGGUCAUGGACAAUGAGCUGAUCAAGGAGUUCUCGGAGCGUUGUCAGCAGGCGCAGCGAAGCAUGCAGGAAUACAUCAACUGCACUUCGCCCCCGCCUGACGACGAUACACUCCAGACGCUGAUCGAGACGAAUGAACAACUGAGUCUGGCGAUUAGUAGACACCAGCGCGCAGUUCUUCAAGCUCGACGAGCUCUUGGUCAAACCGCUUCUCCCGCCCUUGGGCCGAAUAAUCCUUUCGCCUCGCCCCCUCCUCAGUCUCAGCCUGCCCAACAAUAUCCUGUCCUGCAGCCGACCUCACAUCUGAACCCGACAGACCAACAUAUCACACAAUCGCCUGUGUCUCCCAUCAACGACAAUUUUCCCCCUCCGCCAGGGCCCCCUCCAGGCCACACUUCAGCUCCGACACUGGCUCCAACAAAUCCUUUUGCCGAUUCAGCAGAGUCUAGCCACAAUCAUGACCUGGACUACACCAACUACGCUCAUGAGCCGCUGACUGAGAGUUACAUGGGCCGCCAGUAUAGUGCUGCUAAUGGUCUUACGAUGCACGGCGGUGUCGACACAACCACUACCGAGGAAGUGAGUCCGGUCGAGCAAACACACAGUCAGAGGGAGGUCAGAUAUAGGUACUAA